AUGGAAGCUGCGUCCUCUUCCUCUGCAGCUUCUUCUUCCGCUGUAAAAGCCGAAAAUAAUGAAGCGAAUAGACCAAGAAGAAUGAUCAAGUUCCCUAAUAAAGAACUUCCUCAAAUCACUCAACCAUCCCGUCGUAAAAAAACCAAGAAAAAUAUCGACCUUAAAUUCUGUCGCUCAGUGUAUUUGGAAUUGAAAAAACGACAACACUCUGCAUAUGCUUACCCGUUCUAUGAGCCGGUUGACGCUGAGAAAUUGGGCAUUCCUGAAUAUCCUAACAUAAUCAAAAACCCCAUGGAUCUCUCCACAAUUUAUAAUAAAUUGGAAAAAGAAGAAUACACUUCUGCAGAAGAGUUUGAAGCGGACAUUCGAUUAAUGUUUGACAACUGUUACAAAUUCAAUGCUCCUGGUACUGAUGUUUAUAACAUGGGUAAACAACUAGAAAAGGUUUUUGAUAAAAAAUGGGCAGAGAGACCAAUUCCACAGCUUUCUCCAACUGUUCGGGAGGGAAUCAAGGAAGAAGAAGAAUCUGCCUCAGACAAAGAAAGCGAACAAGCUAAACAUUUGAAGGCUUUGCAAAAACAUCUUGCUGCUUUAUCAUCCCAACUGAAUCAAUAUAGAAAAUCAGGAAAAGCUAAAAACAAAAAACCUACUAAAAAGCUUACUAAAAAACCCACUAAAUCCAAAUCCAAGUCUGAUGCUGAUGCAUUGACUGAUGCAAUGCCAAAAGCAAAACGUCGACGAAUUUCAAAAGCUGAGAUUGAGACCAUUGUUAAAGAAGAUGAUGAUAAGGAACUUACUGCUGAUCAAAAGGCCCUUCUUUCUAAAAGGAUUGAAUAUCUUCCUCAAGAACUCAUGGUUACGCUCAUUAGUAUGAUACAACAGAGUGGAGCAACGUUGAUGCCUGAAGAAGGUGGUUACGAGUUAGAAAUUGAGUCUAUUGACACUAAAACUGCUAAAAAAAUUUAUAAUUUUGUAAUGGCAAAUACUUCCGAACCAAAUGGUCGUAAAAAACGAAAAAUACCUGUUAAAAGAAAAAACCAGAUAAGCGAAGAAGAACAAAUAAAAGCUUUGGAAGAAACUUUGGCUAAAUUUGACAACAAAUCCAUAACCUCUAACGAGGCAAAUGAUAGUUCUGAUGAUGAUUCUUCGGAUAGCCAAAGCUCGGCAUCUUCUGGUUCCGAGUCUUCGGGUAGUGAUACAGUUUAG